UCUUAAAUCUAAAAUCAUGCAUUCACAGUUUACAGUUCAUCAUAUUUUUAUUUCUUAAUUCUACAUGUUUCAGUUGUUCACUUAAGUAACUUUACUUGUUGCUCAAGUUAACCUUUGUUGCCUAGUUUAUUGUAAAAGAAUAUUAAAGAAUUUGUAAUAUUUUAAUAUAUUUAAAAUGUUGGGUAUCAAUUUGGUUAGAAAUAUAAGAUAUUUUUCAACCAGUUAUGGUUUAAGAUUAGAUAUGUCUUGGAGAUCUUCAAAAAAGUUGCCUUUAAACCCAAUGGAUAGAGGUAUUCUUACAGAUGGUGCUGAUUAUAUUUUUUUGGAUGGGCGUCCAACCCCAUUUGGCAUGAAACAAAAACGAAAACUUUUGCUUCAAAGAGAAUAUGCUAAAAAAAUUGUUGAACUUAGUGAAAGUCUAGACAUUGCAAAGGAACAGUAUGCUAAAAAAGUUGGAAAAACAGAAGAAGAGCUAAAAUACGUAUUGGAAAGAAAACUUAAACCUAAAGGAAAUAAAAAUACUUAGGACAAAGUCUUCAUGUUUUUAUUAUAAUUCUUAAAUAUGUAGGUAGAAAACACAUUUUGUACAAAGUUAUAAUUUAAUUCAUUGUAAUAAAAAAAUUAUACAUAAA